GGGAGUAGGCAAAUCCAGCCAGUGCUGUAGUUUGUCACACAGAUGCUGCCGCUGGGUCAGUGUUAUGCCGUCUAUUAAUAAUAACAGAGUCGAAACAGCCCCAGCGAUGAGAAGAAGAACAACGGGGGAAAUCCACAUCUUCAUUUCUCCUUUUUUCAGUCUGCACGGAUGAACCAAACUAUGUGACAAAGGAUAACCCCGCUUCAACUGUCGACAGAAAAAAACCCGCUUUUUAUCCAGCUUUUUAUUGGUCUUUUUUAUUUUUAUUACAGGUGCCAUUGUCUCGUUCUGGCAGACAGUCACUGGCUCUACUCGGGCCACUUUAUUGCGGUCAUCCAUCUGCACGGGCGGUUGCGGCUUGUUGGUAAACACGAAUCGGAUCCCGCUGGCAAGGACUCCCUCUGGUGCAUUGAUGCACCCAUUUCAGUGGUGUAACGGGUGCUUCUGUGGUCUGGGACUGGUUUACUCCAACAAGUCGUGCACCAUGCCGCCCAUCACCUUCCAGGACCUGCCUCUCAACAUCUACAUGGUCAUCUUUGGGACAGGCAUCUUUGUCUUCAUCCUGAGUCUCAUCUUCUGCUGUUACUUCAUCAGCAAACUACGACACCAAGCCCAGAGCGAGCGGUUUGGAUACAGAGAAGUGGUUUUAAAAGGAGAUCCAAAAAAGUUGAAUCUUCACGGGCAGACGUGCGCCGUGUGUCUGGAGGACUUCAAAGUGAAAGACGAGCUGGGGGUGUUGCCAUGCCAACAUGCUUUCCACAGGAAGUGUCUGGUAAAGUGGCUGGAGGUGCGCUGCGUCUGCCCCAUGUGCAACAAGCCCAUAGCUGGCCCCCCUGAGCAGCACCACAGCAUAGGGACUCUUCUGGAUGAACUGGUGUAACUUCUCAAACACUGCCAGCCUGGGUGGGCCGCAGCCGCCCGGGCCAAACCAGCUGAUAUAAGGUAGCGACCAACAGGAAGAGAGACACUGUUUUGCUGCGAAAAACACAGCAGAAGCACCAACAUGAUGAUAGUAAGUUUGGGUAACCUAGUUACUACCCGGAGAAAGACUGUGAAGGAUGCUGUUGCCUAGCAACCACCUCCGAGAUGGCAACACGACACCUUGUGGUGUCUGAGAGAUUAUCUCCAGCCGCCCACACAUCACUCCGCCAAUCUUCAACAUCCCCGCUCUGUCACAUCUGUCUCUUGUUGCCUCGAGUCAGGUUGAUCAGGCACCACUGAAGAAGGGUUUUCAUUUUUCACAACGAUGUGGACGAGUGAGUGUUGAAGGAUGACAGCGCUGGGUAAGAUCCCCUCCAAGCAUGUACCAGUGUUAUUUUCACUAAUAUGAAAUAAUGUGAUGUCGGCUGAUGCCAUUAAAACUUGAGCCAAAUUACGCUAAUUAAGAAGUUUUGAAACAAAGUCACAAAAAAAAAAGUAUUUCACCGAGCACGAGAACACAUUGACAGUUGAAACUUUGUAAACUAAGAUUAAAGCUCAAGAGCAUAAAUUGAAGUCACGCUGGUUCAGAAAUUAUGGAAAACAUGGAUUCAGGCAUCAUCAGUGGGCUUUAAAUUAAUCAUAUUACAGCUCAAGCCGUGUAGCAAAUUAAUCAGUGUUUCUAUCAAGUCAAACCAAUUGAUUUUUUGCUUAUAUGUGCUACUGAUACUGACACGUCCUGCCUUUCACUGUAACAGUUUGGUUCUUUGCUGAAAUAUGUUGAUUUUUUUAAGAAAUUGCACUUUAAAUUCACACAAAAUAAACAGCCAUUGUAAAAUAUUAAGAGUCAGGUUUGGAUGCAGCACAGCAGGUUUCGUGUUUCCAGGUGUGGUGAAUCUUUUAUAAAAGUCUGUGAAGUAUCCGAGAUGCUGCUUCAUCUGAAGAGAAGGGAGGCAGCAGAACAGUCCCUCGGUGUUGUGAAUUCAUCCGGGAAGCAACUAAAUCUCACGUUCAUACAUUUCUGUGGCAUUAUUGCUGAGAUUCAGUUUUUACAUUCCUCGGUUGUAGUUCUUUUUUUUUUGUUGUGAUUUCCAGCUCUCCAGAAAGCGAACCACUGCCUAAAAUUGAGCACAAAACUCACAAAGCACAUUGUCCAGACACUGACGGCACCUGCACUGUAAUUAAAAGCCAAACACACACGUGAGUGCUGUUGAAUUCACACGCCAAGAAAAGAAAAUGUCAAAGAGAUUUGUUCACUCUGAUUCUGGCCACAUUCCACAUUUUGUAAUUGAAACAGAUGUAAAUAACUCGAAACAAUAAUAAAUACAGUUGUCUGUUUUGUUCA